GAGCUAAAGGCUCAGGCGGCCCAGGAUCCCAGAAAGCUGGACGAUGCGCCGGACCAGACAGAGCCAUCGAAAGCAUCUAAGCCUGGAAAGAAGAGGAAGAAGGACAAGGACGCGCCGCCAAAGCAGAAGAAGACUGCCAAGCGCAGCCACAGCUAG